AUGUCAACACUAACCAAGCGAGCUAUUGAGAAUUAUGAUGAGCAAGUGGCAUCGUUGGUUCCUGCUGAUAUGGCAUAUGCAGCAGUUGCAACAAUAAUGAUCCUUUUAAUCACACCUGGUAUUGGUUUAUUCUAUGGUGGGAUGCUUCGUGGAAAAAAUUUCACAACAAUGUUAUUACAAUCUUUUUUGAAUACUGGUAUUAUAACAGUUCAAUUUUUCCUUUUUGGUUUCUCAUUAGCAUGUUCAAAUACAUCAUCCAGUGUUAUUAUUGGUAACUUUACUUAUGGUGCUCUUCAAAACAUCAGUGUUGGUCCACUCUCAGAAGGUGGUACUGUUCCUGCUAUUAUUACUUUCACAUUUAAUGCUAUUUUUGCUGUUUGUACUGUUCAAAUUUUCACAGGUGCUAUUGCUGAAAGAGGUAGAUUAUUACCUUCAUUAGUAUUAGGAUUCUUAUGGUGUACCUUAUGUUAUUGUCCAUUUGCUUAUUGGACUUGGUCAACAAACGGUUGGUUGUAUAAAUUAGGUUCAUUAGAUUUUGCUGGUGGUGGUCCAGUUCAUAUCAGUUCUGGUACAGCAUCUUUAGUUUAUUCAUUCUUCUUGGGUAAAAGAAAAGGUUGGAUUGAUGGAAAACCUCCAAAAUAUAAACCUUAUUCACCAAUACUAUCUUUCAUUGGUGCCGUUAUGAUUUACAUUCCAUGGUUAUUUUUCAACAGUGGUACAUUAACAACAGUCACAACACCAAAGACCUUAUACAUAUUGACAAAUACCCAAUUAGCUGUUGGUUUUGCUAUGGGAACUUAUACUUUUAUGGAUUAUGCCAUCAAUAAAAAAUGGUCUUUAUUAGCUGCAUCUGAAGGUACAAUUGUUGGUUUAGUCUUGAUUACUCCAACAUGUGCUGAGCUAGCACCAUGGGCUGUUGCAGUAGGUUCAAUUGUCACAGCAAUUGUUUGCAGAUCAUUAUACGACCUUAACAUUUGGUUACAAAUUGAUGAUACAACACAUAGUUUUGUUAUUCAUGCUAUUGGUGGUUUCAUGGGUUCAAUUUUCAACGGUCUCUUUGCAUCACCAAAUAUCGCAGCAACUGAUGGAGUCACAGAAAGUGAAGGUGGUUGGAUCUUUCAUCAUUGGAAACAAAUGGGUUAUCAACUGGCUGGAUCAGUUGCCAUCAUUGUUUGGACUGCUUUGAUGACAUAUGCUUUAUGUUUUAUUAUCAACUUAAUUCCAGGAUUGAAGAUGAGAGUUUCAGAAGAAGCUGAAGAAAUGGGAUUAGAUUGUUAUGAAAUGAGGGAAUGGUCUGAUCCAUCUAUUACUAGUGACAUUUCUGAUGUAUCCCACGUUGAAUAUUUCAAUGGUCAACAAGGUGCUUCAUCUAACUCUAAUUUGAGUUCCAAUAACAUUGAGCUUGGUGAUGUUAAACGUCCAAUAGAACAAGUUUAG